UCAUUUCCUCCGAAUUUAUCUCUCCGAACACUCUCUUUGUUCCCAUCAACCCCCUUACAUUCCUUUUACACUCUCAAUCAUCCUCAAUCCCACCUUUUUUACAUUCAAUUCUUGGCGAUGGCCGCGCCGCCACAGAUGCCCGGGCAGGAUCCAUACUCGAAUUUGAACCGCGCCCCAAGUCUCAGAUACAGCUCGCUACAAAAUCCUUCCUACCGGAACUCCUACGCCGACAAUACCUCCAAUCAUAGUGCGCUUGAAGAUGGCCUCAGUCAGCCUAACUCGAUCGCGCUUGGUGUCAAUGGCGCGGACCCGCGGCGAUCAGUCUCCAGGGCCUCGCAUGCUACUUCUAUUACCCCGUCCCAGGGAAGCUUGAGCCGAAAGGGAUCUAAAAAGAUUAGCAAGUUGUCAAGGAGCCGAAGCUCGAAAAGCUUGGACGCGGGGAGGUUAAGUCAAAUCGAUAAUCGCGAAAGGUAUCUCGACGGACCAGAAGAUGUGAACAGUGCCUUGUUGGUGCCUAUUCCCACGAAUGGGAACCCAACUGAGGUGUUGUCAACCCGUUUUCAAGCUUGGCGCAAGAUCUUGAAAGACUUGAUUGUUUUCUUCAAGGAAGUACAGAAGUCCUACGAGGCUCGAUCGAAGCUUUUCCUUUCUGCCUCGAAUGUUAUCAACAACCAGACUAUCCCUGCCGCAUUCUUACAGUCCGGUGGUCUUGCCGAUGCGACUGAGAUUCUGCGCGAUUUCCACCGACAAGGAUACGCCGAAGCCAACAAGGCCGUGGAGGUGGAGACGGAAGUGAUCAGCCAAUUGACGGGGCUUCGCAGCGAUUUGCAGAAGAAGACUAAAGAGAUUAAGAAUCUAUCGGGCGAUUUCAAGAACACAGUCGACAAGGAGAUUGAUGCCACGCGCAAAGCAGUUCGGAAUCUGCACGAGUCUCUAGGCCUGGUGGAUACUGAUCCAUCUGCGACAUCUGGCAAAGGAGAUCCGUUCCUUUUGCGCCUAAGUGUGGAUCGUCAAGUUGAGAAGCAGAUAGUGGAGGAGAAUUACCUGCACAACGCCUAUCUGAACUUGGAAAACUCGGGUCGCGAGCUAGAAUCCAUUGUGGUCAGCGAGAUUCAAAAGGCCUACAAUGCAUACGCCAGCAUCCUGAAGCGAGAGGCUGAUGAAGCCUAUGAUACUGCGGAGAAGCUUCGCAUGGGCCCAAUCUCAAUGCCUCAUGACCACGAGUGGAAUGCCUUUGUGGCACACACAGACGAACUGGUUGACCCUCACAUCCCUCUGCGACACGUGGAGAACAUCACAUACCCCGGAAAGGAUCAUCCUGCCGCAGCUGAGGUCCGCGCCGGCAUGCUAGAGCGCAAGAGCAAGUACCUUAAGAGCUAUACUCCUGGGUGGUAUGUCUUAUCGCCGACACAUUUGCACGAGUUUAAGUCCGCAGAUCGGGUAGAGUUCCAGACCCCAGUUAUGUCCUUAUAUCUACCCGAGCAGAGGCUGGGAUCUCAUUCAAAUGAAGGCUCAAGCUCCCAUAAGUUCAUGCUCAAGGGUCGCCAAACCGGUGCCAUGCACCGAGGUCACUCAUGGGUUUUCCGCGCCGAGUCUCACGAGACCAUGGAGGCGUGGCGUGAGGAUAUUGAAAACUUGAGCAACAAGACGGGUGAGGCACGUAAUGCGUUUGUCCGAUCUGCCUCCGUUAAGCGAAAUAAGCGCGAGAGCGUAAUGUCUACAAAUAGCGACAUUUUUGACGACGAUGAGGCCGACGAGCGUCCAUUCUCUUCCCAAUCUGCCAUAUAUCAGGAGCCUGAGCGACCUAUGUCUGCCACACGUCAAGCUGGCGGUGCUUUCUCCAGUGAUGUUCAGAUCGAUCGACACCUGCAAGAACCUCUUUCACCCUCGAGCAGAGCCAGUUCCGGAGGCAUCGAUGUAAAUGGGGCAGCAGUGUAUGCUGAUGGGAACACGAUGGACAGUUACUCGCACUACAACAAUCAGGAGAGUCAACAACCUACACAGAACAUAGUCGAUGAUCGAGAGAUCCGAUCCGAUGGUGCUGCCUCAAUUACGGCGGUACCCGGGGUGAUUGCUGUUACAGACCCCCGCCGAGAAAGCUCCGCACCCCCGAAUGUAGCCCGCCGUGAGAGUGUCUCCACGGCCCCAACCAACACCAACCAAACGGAUUAUACAAACAACACCCUGGCCACCUCUGUCGAUGAAAUCCCGGGCUCAUCCGGUGUGGGAUUCGUUGUUCCUAUUCCACGCGGUGCUGGCGUCAGAAACAGCUCUGUUCCUAACCUGAUGAAUCCUAACCGGGUCAGCCAGGACAGUGCGCUAAAAUACGAGGAAAAGAUCCCUGGCCACUGGCCUCACACCAAUGUAGCCGCAUGA